ACAUAUUUACCAUUAGUAUCAUUAGUAUAAAUGGUAAAUAAGAAAGAUUGAUUUAAUAUGUCAUCUAAAAUAAAUGAUAGAUGAAAUGUGAUUAAGAACCCCUGCUAUUUCUACACAACACAAGUAACGUUAAGUGAAGUCUAACGACUUGUGACGACGUAUGAUAAUCGAUAUUUGUGUUAGUUACGUGUUUAAAUUUCUUUAAUCCCUACCACACCAAGUUCGUUUUGUUUUUCUUAUAGACAGUGGUAACGCUAAACUCGUUCUCAGUUCUAACUAAAAAUUCCAAGAGAUAGGAAGGAAAGACCGGUACUCUAGUAUAGUCACUCGACUCCUCCAUUUUGUUCAACACUUUCAAAUUAACCAACUGUUAAAUUUUCGUUUGACGAUUACAAAUUAAAAAAGUAAUUAAUUUGUUGAUAAAAAGAAAAGAAAAACAUGACGUUGGAGAAGAAAACGUCAGUGAAAGAGUUUUACAAUGGGAAAAGUAUUUUUCUAACUGGAGGAACUGGAUUUCUUGGUAUCAAUUUGAUCGAAAAGCUUCUACGAGUAUGUCCCAAUUUGGAGAAUAUUUAUUUACUAAUGAGAAGUAAAAAGGACAAACAAGUUAACGAUAGACUUGAUGAGUUAAAGAGAAAUGCGAUUUUUUAUAGAUUGAAAAAAACAGAUAAAGCGGAUUAUCUGAAGAAAUUAAUUGCCGUUGCUGGCGAUGUCAAUGAAGAAAAUUUGGGUUUGUCAGAAAAAGAUAGAAAAACAAUUACAGACAAUGUACAAAUUGUCAUACAUUCAGCUGCCACUUUGGAUUUUGAAGCUAGUUUGAAAUCAAAUAUUAACAUUAAUUUGUUGGGUACACGCAGAGUUAUUCAGUUGUGUCAUGAAAUAAAAAAUCUCAAGGCUUUCAUUCAUGUUUCCAGUGCGUAUGUUAAUUCAAUGCUGUCAGAUGUAGAUGAAAAGAUUUAUCCAGCUCCAGCUGACGUUAAAGAAGUAUUAAAGAUGGUAGAAGAGUUGAGCGAUAAAGAAUUGGAAGAAAAGACACCUAAGAUAUUAGGUGAUCAUCCUAAUUCUUACACAUUUAGUAAACAUUUGGCGGAACAUGAAGUAGCCAAUUCUUCUUUGCCAUCUGCAAUAGUACGACCUUCCAUGAUUGUAGGAUCUUGGAAGGAACCAGAACCUGGAUGGACCAUAUCCAAAAAUGGGCCAACAGGCUUUAUUAUGGGUGCUAGUAUGGGAGUUGUCCGGAGAUUACCUAUUGCAAAACAUUUAAUAUACGAUUACAUUCCAGUAGAUGUUGUUUCAAAUACUAUUGCUACAGCUGCUUAUGCUGUCAAUCGUGAUGGUGGGACUGACGUAAAAGUGUAUCAUUGUACAUCGAGUACAACUAAUCCUUUUAAAUGGGUAUCCAUAGAAUCUAAAAUAACAACAUACCUACGUAAUUUUCCAUUGAUGAAGGCUGUUUGGUAUCCCAAUCUCAAAUUUUGUAAUUCAAUAUUCUUCUUUAAACUUAGUGCUUUUUUCAUACAUAUAAUUCCUGCAUUGUUGUUGGACACAAUUAGUCGUUUUACUGGAAAACGUCCGAUGUUAUUACGUAUGCAUAGGAACAUUAAUAAUUCGUUGGGUCGUCUUGAAAAAUUCAUUUUCACAGAAUGGAAGUUUAAUAAUCCAAAUUAUAUGAAUUUAAGUAAUUCUUUAACCAAGGAAGAUGAGGAAGAUUUCUAUUUGAACAUUAAAACGUUAGUUUGGGAUGAUUACUUCCUAGAUCUGGUAAUUGGUUGUAGAAAAUAUCUAAGUAAAGAACCUAGUGAAACAAUCGACAAAGCACGUUCGAAACAGAAGAAAUUGCAGAUGAUUCAUGUUACCUUUCAAGUUCUAUUAUUUGGACUUAUUUGGUGGCUUUUGAAAGUUACGUUCAACGCAACUUGGAUUAAAAUCGGCAUUGUUUUACCAUUCAUAUAUUUUCUCUUUGAUAUGAUUUAAAUAUAUUAUAUAAGAGUUGUUUUGCAUUCAUUAUUCAUAUAAUAUCUGAAUCUGAGGUGGUGGCAGAUUUUGUUAUACAACACGCUGCUAUUCAUUUAUUUACUUGUAAGAAGUAAAACAGAGCACACUAUUAGGUACACAUAGAUUACAAAUGUUCGUUCUAAGUAUACAUUUUACGGGAGAACUCAUUUAUAUUUUGAUAAAAAGCGAAAAAAAUAAAAAAAAAAA